GUCACUGUGCGGAAAAAACUCGGACGCUUUAAUCACCAAAGCUUUUCAUCUACCCAGUAAUGACAAGCUUUUCGUGGCGUUGUCUUAAGUGAAAGUAUCUGUUGGGCAUUCCGUAGCUAUGGGAUGCUGGGAAUCAACACGGGGCAGCAGAGGGGAAAUGCGAGAAGGGGAGCUUGUCCGGUGGGGCGGGCGAGUAUGUGAGAGAGAGCGGCUUCGUGAACUGUUUGGCUGUCAGUCGGCUGGUAGCGACGCGAGGCGGUGGGUGGCUGUGGUGCGCUCACUCGCUGCUCCCUCACACACUCGCUCCGACGGGGUGGCGUAAGGAUCCCGCAGCCAGUCCCCUCGAGAGUGACAGUCGUGUGUUGUGCCUCGACGUGACAUGUGGUGACGGGGGCGGCGGUGGGAAGGCACGUCGUCCAAUUUUUCUUGUGUGAAGUUGACGUGACUUUGUGAGUGGUGGAGUGGAAUACCGGUGCCCAGAAAAAGGGUUGAGGUGUGAAGCGUUAAGGGGAGUGUUGCGCCGGCCACUCCCUCUCCUGCCUGGGCGAGAGGGACGUGAGGUGAGGAGCCUCCGAUAGCAGCAGGGGCGGCAGGGUGCCAUCAGUUAGCGGGUGACCAGCCCACCUGUCUGUCUGCUUCCGGCGCUACUGUGGCGUGACGAGAGGGGAGAGUAACCCUUCCCUGCCCCCGCACCCUCCCCGGUGGCACUCCUCCCUGUGGGACAUAAGGGCGAGGUGGCGGUGUCGGUGUGCGAGGCAGUGAUUGAUGUGACUUGCAAUUAUCGUGAGGCUUCCCGCCGCGUCCCUCUGUCCUUAGUCCCCUGGCUCAGCGUGGUGUGCCUGGGCAGCGGCAUCAAAGUAACAUCAUGCUGCCCCGACGCCUCGUUCUGGCUGUUUCCGCUGUCCUGACGUCACCACCGUAAGCAGCAGCCCGAGCAGCGCCAGAAAACACGUUACCGUAUGGUCGACAGCCUCCCCUGCGGCGCCCAGCUGACGGCCGCCGCCCGUCACUACCGGUGCGAACACCUUCCGUUGAGCCGCCCCUCAGGACCUGGCGCGCUUUUGUCAGUGUUCGUUUAACAUAACGGAGCGUCUCUUGGGGACCACCGCGUGUUCUCGUCAUUGCUCUGUCCAAUCACCAGCUUCUCUCCCCUCCAGCAAGGCGUCACACAACGCAGGGACCAUUAUCGACACGCCAAGCAGCCGCCGUAAGUUCCUUGUGGCGAAUAGCAGGAAGGUGAGGGGAGGUGAGAUAACACGCCCCAUCGACCCUCCCCCUCCUCUCCUCCUCCUCCCCCCUCCGUGCGCCCGCCUCCUCUGGGGGCCGCGGCGCUCUACGCACCUUGUCCACCUUGCGCCUACCUUGUGUCUAGUGAUGCCGGAGGUGCUAUGACCCUGACCCCGGCCCCCCUGAGCCCCCCUCAUGGGCUGCCUCCUGAGCGUCUCCAGCAACACGUGCGUCAAUGUCGUGGACUUGGCUGCCGUGGGAGGCCUCCGUGAUGCCUCCUGGUACAGGCGGAAAGGAAACUCCGCCUACUCCUCCCGCGGCUCCUCGCUCUACACAUCAAGGCGCCGCGGGAGCCGAGGGGAGCACCACACCCCUCGACGACCCCGCCGGCCUGGGAUCUUCGUAGCGGACGCUCUGAGAAAUCUGCAGCGCGCACACUCUUUCAGGCACGGCGAGUGUUACCUGUGCAAUUACAAGAACAAAUCGUGUAAUGGGGUGUGCAUCCACCGCGAGAUCUUCACUUCGGUCAAACCCGGCUACUACUCCAAUUACUACAACAAGGAUUCCCACGUGGGCGGGAAGCGUGGCGGCACCCUGAGGGCGUCACUCCACGCCCUCCCGUCAAGCAGACAGAGCGACGUGUUCAGUGUGGACUCACUCUCGCGGGGCUCCGUGCUCCGGCGAUCCCUGCAGCGCUCCGGAUCCUUCAAGGCCAAGGCGCGCCGCUCCAUGAGGUCCAUCACGGCCUUCCCGCCGGACGAGCCGCCGCCUGAGCUGGGCAUCAAGCCGCAGGUCUCCCUCCGGCUGUCCCGCCACAGCCUGGGUCGCCGCGAAACCUGCCGCUCCGUCGCCAGCUGGGAGGAGCGGGAGGCGCUGGCCAUCUUCCACGAUGCCCUCAACAGCGACAGCAUCAACGGGGACUCGAACCAUUCCUUCAACGCUGAUGAUGAUAACGACGACGGCGAUGACGACGCGUACGAGCCCGUCCUGCCGCCGCUGCCCGAGAGGAACAGGAAGGGCCGGGCGGGGGAGUUUGCGGCCCCGUCGGACCUCAUCGUUCACUCCGUCCAGACGAAGGGGAUGCUUUUAGCCAGUGACUUCGGGCUGGUGAAGAGUGAGCAUUCCUUCGCCUCUCCCUCACCACUCUUCCCCAAGUCCCUCCCUUCCAACCCCACCUACUCCUCCAUCCUUGACCCCGGCGCCAGCUCAGACAACCUCACCGACUUCUCAGUGGGCAGCGAGGAGAGGGAGAGUUCCUCAGGGCCGGACAAGGCGAAGGAUGGGCGUGAGAAGGACCCGGGGUGUUAUGGCGCGGGGGCGAGGCAUAGCGGAGGUCGCUUCAAUGACCCCCUCCCUCCCUUGCCGACUGAGUCACCCAGGGGCGCCUCUCCAGUCAAAUCCAGCAGUGCCAACGCCCAGAUGGACAACGCCGUCACCCCCGUGUACCUGGCGGCGCAGGAGGGCCACUUGGAGGUGCUGCAGUACCUCGUGGACACUGCCGGGGGGCGCCUCGACUUGCGGGCCAAGGACGGCAUGGCCCCCAUCCACGCCGCCGCACAGAUGGGCUGCCUCAACUGCCUCAAGUGGAUGGUGACCGAGCAGGGGGUGGACGUGGGGCUGCGGGACGAGGACGGCGCGACGCCCCUCCACUUCGCAGCCUCCCGUGGCCACACCGACACAGUUCGCUGGCUGCUGCGUCACGGCGCCGUCAUUGCUUUGGACAAGUUCGGAAAGAGCCCGAUCAACGACGCUGCCGAUAACGAUCAUAUGGAGGCGCUGCAGCUCCUGGUCCAGCACGGCGCCGCCCCAGACUACGCCACAGACUCUGACUCCGCAGACUCCGGCUCGCACCACCACCGCUGCUCCUGCCACCAAGGGCUGUGCCGCGCCGGAAAGGACUCGGAAUGUUCCAUGAGCGGCUCGGAAUCCUGCACCUCAUCUUGUGAAAGCGACUGUCACUUGUCUGGCCACAGCUCUGACUCGGGCGUUCACCAGGAGCCCUUCUACCUUCACCCCCCGAACGGCGCCACGCCCCCAGACCCCCCACCUGCCCAGGAGAACGGGAAACAAAAGGACAAAAACGGCUUCUUCCUCAACCCGCUGAACGACCUCAAGGAAGCCUCAGAGAAGUACAGCAAGAGCAAAGCCGAGGCAGGGAAGGAAGGGGACAAGAAAUCGAAAAAGCCUUUCUUCCUACACAAGCCGGAAGCCGUGUCUUACCAUCGUGUCCAGGAGCUUUUCGUAGGGAAGAGCUCGAAGUCGAAGGAAGGCAAGAAGAGCAAGGCCGCGAAAGAAAACGGAAUCAAGGACGCCAAGAAAAACGGGAAGGUCGACCACGAGAAGGAAGACGCUGCUGUUGUGGCGUGUGAGAGUCACCACGGAGGCGAAGAAAACGGGAAGUCACACUCGGGAGAGAAGAAAGGAAGGGUAGACUAUGAGGGGAGGAAGCUGCCCAAGAUUCCAAGCUCCUCCUCGGCGUUAUCGUUUCCCUCCUCCUCCUCUCCCUCCAACUCGUCUCACGCUCACCAUUCCACCAUGAAAGUGAAGGCAGACAUCCACAGCAGCGACGACGCGGCCUCCACCUCAAGCGCCGCCUCUUCCCACGACCACCACUACGAGGACAUCACGCCGUCCCUGCUGGCGGCGGGGCGCGGCGGCAGGGAGUCCUCGCGCCGCGCCCGCCACCACAAGGACGAGGCGGACGAAGACGAGGAGGCGGCCAGACAGAGGCAGCGGCUCCAGGGUCUCGACGACCUUAUUGCUGGUGUCCCCCCGCCGGAUUAUGACCGGGGGGCGCCACUGAGCGACGCAUCAGCCCGACCUGACGUCUGUAACAGUGGCUCGCAGGGGGACAUUCCUCCGCCGGCCGAAUUCGGUGACGGGGGAAGUGACCGAGCGGGAGAGUCACCAAGCCGCAGGAGACUCCACUCGACACUCUCCAUGCCGCCCACGCCCUCACACGCCCAGGGCCGCUCCCCCCUCUCCCGCACCAACUCCGAGCCUCCUCCGCCACCCCCGCCGCCCAUGCCCGCCACGCUGCCCUCCCCCAAGCACUCCCCCUGUGCUUCCCACAGGUCAGAUGAAGACGUGGACGGGCACUCCCCCGCCUCCUCCAAACCCUCCUCGCCCAGGUCCGCCCACAGCUCGGCCGAGGAGAGGGAGGACGAGGACCACGCCGAGAAUGACAAUGGCCAUCCCGACUUCAUGAGAAGGAAUUCGCAGAGGAGUUCAAAUGGCUCUGUUGGUGGCAUGAGUGCUGAGCGACCCACCUCCCUCCCUCUGGACAUGGCUGACCAUUAUGGACAAAUCAUGGCCAAUGGAAGAGAGAAGGAGACGACUGCUUCCCACGAGGACUUGGGACACUCUCCACAGCUGGGCAAGUCUCACAUGAUGCACGGGAAGAGCCUGCCGUUCAUCCCUCCCAAGUUCCCGACACAGCCAUCGGACUCUGGCCUCAUCAAGCCUUCAGAGUACCUGCGGUCACUGGGAGAAAGUGGUGGUACGAUGCGUUCACCCAGUGCUGAGGCGAAGGCUAUGCAUGGAACACACCACAACGGCACAUCUCACCACAAUGGUACAUCACACCACAACGGAACAUCACACCACAAUGGUACAUCACACUACCAUGGAAUGUCACAUUAUAAUGACACACCACACCACCACAGCGACACAGCACACCACAACGGUUCAACACAACACACCAGCAGUCCAGAAGAGUCCCCCUCAUCCAUUGAUACCCCUGAUAGCAAUGCUGCCGCCUCUGCCGUCCAAGCACCUCUUCCAGCGAUCCCUGAGUCAAGCGAAGAGGAGACAGUUCCUAGGGAGGGUGGCGGUAGUGCCCCCCCUCCUCCUCCAGCUCCUCCUGCUCCUCCUCCCUCCUUCACCAACACCAUGUCCAGCACACGCACCAACACACUCAGCACCAACCACAGCAACAACAACACACUCUCGCACGGCUCCAAGACGGUCCUGCCCACCAUCAGCGUGACAGACCUGCAGAGUGUUCAACUGAGAAAGAUUGAGACCAAAACUGUCAGACCCACCUCUGUCGCUAUCAAGAUCCCCGUGUCCUCAGAGCCGAUGAUCACUGCUGUGAAGAAUGAUGUCAUUGCUGAACUCAAGAUGGGAGUGGACAUCCCCGGCAUCAAGAAACUGAAGUCAGAACGAGCCAAGGAGGAAGAGAUCCACAUCAAGAUGGAGAAGGCGGAACUUUCCCGACAGUUCUCCACCAGCAAAUUUGUAGAUCAGGUUCCUGACACCGACCCUGCAGGAAACCGCAUCCCAGAGUGGAAGAGACAGAUGCUGGCGAGGAAGGCCGCGGAGAAGGCCAAGAAGGAGGCGGAGGAGCAGCGGAUGCAGGAGGCGGAGGAGAAGAGGAUGCAGUCCAUCCCGCCCUGGAAGAGGCAACUCAUGAUGAAGCGGGACGAGGAGAGCCGACGGAGUGCCUUGUAUGUGCCCAAGGUGGAGGAGGUGAAGAGAAUCAAGGUCACACCAGUCCUGCAGCAGAAUUCUUCUAGCACACCUCAGAAAGGCCAGGAGGAGGAGGAGGCAGCGAAGGGAAGCACCAGAACCGCCACCUCCUCCACCUCCUCCUCACAGCCCAAGGUGUCUCCCUCCAGCUCCUCCUCCAAGGGCACAGUGGACGCCAGACAGGAGGAGGAGCCAAAGGAGGAGCCGCCCAACCCCUGGCGCACCAACCUUAGGAAAACCAACAGUAAACUGAGUCUACUAGAGUGAGCCUGACCGUCCCUCUUCCCUCCUUCCCCUUCUGUCCUAAAGAAAGGUUAAGAGAGCUUAUCUUCGUGUCUUAGUGCUGCAGUAUGGCAUUUUUCUCUUCCUAUUUAAGUCAUGUUAAUUAUCCCAUUGUUCACUCCUGUAUCACACACUAUGUAUAUUUUGUAAUGGAAUUAUUCUCAUGUGUAUUCUACUCUUCACUUAAGUUUAAGUCUGCCAGAGUCAUUAUGUUAUGUUUAAAGUAUUGGCUUGUAAAGGAAUACUGUAUUUAUGUACAUAGGAUAUAUUAUUUGUGUAUUCUCCUGUAAAUAACGUGUAUGUAUUGCAUGAGUGUAGUCGCUUCAUGUAUACAGAUGUAAUAUUAACCAUGCAGACUGGCUGAUUCACUGUGCCAUGUAUAGAGGUCGUCUUGAAACCGUCAUGACUCAUUACUCCGGCGUGCUUGCUAAAUUGUACUCACCACCCCAAUUAGUACUCGUGUAAAAAAAUAUCACUGGGAAACUGAGCUGACAUGAAAAUGAACUGGUGUCAAAUUACAGAAUGUUUAUCGAUAAGUAUCUUCACAGUAGUUAAUUUUUUUACCUCAGUUCGAAUUUCCAAGAGUAGUUGAGCUGACUUGAAAAUAAAGUGAUGUCAAAAUACAGAAGAUUUAUCAAUAAUUGUUUUGAUAGUAGUUAACUUUUAUACUUCAGUUGCUCAGAGUAUUUUUUUCCUCCUAAUACAAGCGCUGAGUGGGAUGGCGGGGACGAAUUUGCAAAUAUGCCAAACAACAGAGUGAUAUUUUUGUGCUUUCUCUUCACAGCUUGAGGCCACGGGAGUUGGGUGGCAAAGUAUCCCCCUCUUCCACGGCCCUCCUCAGUCCUCACACCCGCUUCCUCUAUUAUUUUUACUACUUCCAUUUUAACCACAGGGACAAUAGCAUCACUUGUACUGUGUCCAGGCCGCAUGGAGCUUCAGAGUAAAUAUUUUUCACUAUUA